UUGAAAGAGUUAAGAUGUAAGCGUAGUAUAAAGCGAACUAAAGUGUAAAUGUGUAAAUAAAUUACAUAAACGAAUUUUUAAAAUAAAAAGUUCAACAUGUCAGUGAAAUAAUAAAAAAAAUAUAAUACAAAAAAAGUAGUUAAACAAAUUUUUUGUGUUUGGAAGAUAAAUAAUUUUUUUACAAAUUUUAAUUAUCAUCGUUAAAAGUUGUUAAAUAUUUACACAACAAAUCUAGUAGUGGUAACAAAAAAAUAUAUAGUUUUAUAUAAGAUAAAAAAUGAAAAUACAAGUGAGAAAACUAUCAUUUCUACCCGUGUUGGUAGCGUUAUUGUUUGUUCAAACGGUGAAAUCACAUGUGGCGCUUACUUUUCCACCUGCACGGCAAUACGAUUUGGAUUUUUUGGAUAACGGACGCACACAAGCACCAUGUGGAAUGCCAAAAGGUACUGUAAAAACGACAUUUCUACAAGGCGCUAAAUUUAAUGUUACAUGGCAUCUAGCCUACCCACAUCGUGGAGGAUUCAGUUUGGAAUUACUCGAUUACCUGGAAAGACCAAUUCUUGACUUAACUCCCACCAUAAAUGGCUCUAAAUUUGUGCGGGAUGAUGUUACUGCGCAAACAUUCGAGGUCCAAUUAGAUCCGAACUUCAUUUGCGAAAAUUGUACGCUACGUCUUUUGCGUCAAGCCGAUGAAUGGACAAGCUCUUACCUCUUUUGGUCAUGUGCUGAUAUAGAUGUUAAACCACGAAAUGUUUUCCGAGAGCAGUGCUCGGGACAUGGGAAGUGGCUUGCAACCCAAUGCAAAUGCGACAAGAAUUACUAUGGAAGUAAGUGUCAAUACUGGAACGAAUGCACACAAGAUUCAGAUUGUGGAAUCCAAGGAAAAUGUGUCGAUCAUGGGGGUAGUUCGAUGCCAAAGAAACAGUGCUACUGCAAAUUGGGAUUCUUUGGUCCUGGUUGCAACAAGAAAUCACCUUUUAAGACAACAGACGUUGAUUACAGCUUAUACAAUUCGAGAACAUUAUCGCCCGACUUUAAAAUGUAUUAUCGUGUGUUGGAAGAACAGAAAGAAUUAGAAGUUGUCAUGGUAGCGAAUAGCACAUCAUGGAUUGCCGUUGGUUUUAGACCAAAUAAUUUAAAUGCAGAAUGUAAGAAUUUCCCAUUGAUUGGAGCUGACGCACAUGCUCAUAGCACUGGAUCCCAAGAACCUGAACCAGAAACGGCAGCUAAUGAACCAUCAAGUGAAAAUGAACCCUCAAGCGAAAAAGAACCAUCAAGUGAAAAAGAACCCUCAAGCGAAAAGGAACCAUCAAGUGAAAAGGAACCAUCAAGUGAAAAAGAACCAUCUAGUGAAAAAGAACCAUCUAGUGAACCUACAAAAGAGCCCUCAAGUGAAAAAGAACCUUCAAGUGAACCUACAAAAGAGCCUGCCAGUGAACCUUCAAGUGAAAAGGAACCAUCUUCCAAAUCAAAGAGAGUUGCUGAAGAUAAAAGGGGUGUUGAGAAAGUUGCUACCAGUGUUUCGUUCAAAGUAAGCGCUGUUCAAGGAAGAAAAAAACGUGCCACUGAAGACAAAACAACAACUGCUGAACCUGAGCCUGAAGGUACGACUGAGCCAGGAUCAACAGCUGAGCCAGCAACUGAACCAGCACCCAAAGCUACAUCAAAAUCAGCGUCUUCGGAACCGAGUACAGAGCCCGUCAGUGAACCAAGCAAGAAACCCACAAUUGAACCGACUAGAGAAGGAACUUCUGAACCCGAACCUGCAAAGGAAGGUACUUCUGAACCUGAAAAAGAGCCAAAAUCUGAAGCAACUGCAGCAUCAGAACCAGCUAAAGGAAGUCCGAAACCUGAAAAGGAACCAAACUCUGAACCAACAAGUGAGCCAAGCAAAGACUCAGCUUCUGAACCUGAACCAUCUAAAGAACCAGAAAAAGAACCAAAAUCUGAACCUGAAACAUCAACGGAGCCAACUAGCGGUUCUUCUGAACCCGAGCCAACUAAGGAGGGAACAGCUGAACCUGAAAAGGAACCUAAAUCUGAACCGACAAGUGAGCCGGGAAAAGAAUCUUCCUCUGAACCUGAACCUUCGAAAGAAGGAACCUCCGUGCCUGAGAAAGAACCAAAAUCGGAACCUGAGAAAGGACCGACAUCUGAACCUGAAGGUGAACCUAAUAAAUCUAAGCCUGAGCCAGAAAGCGAGCCUUCCCCUAAGUCUGCAGGUCAAAUGCUUCAUCUUAACAAGUACACUCCAAAGUGGGACUUUAAUCCUAUGGAUUGCACAGAUAUUGUAAUUGGAACUGCUCGUGAUCAAUAUAGCAGAGUUUGGGAUUAUUAUAGUAGAGAUCGAUCAACUCCACGCCUUGAUUCAUUUUGGGGUGGGAAAUCCGAUCUCACUGGUACUGGUGGCUUUGAGAAAAAUGGUGUCACAACGAUUUUCUUCCGCAAAAAAUUGAUUGCCGAACAUCCGUCCGAUCAUUCGAUCGUCAAUGAUUUGAUGCAUGUUAUUUGGGCAAAGGGUCAAGAAAAAGGAAAAUAUAUUCACAAUCCAUUGUCAGGAUUAGAGAAAGACAAAUCAGUAAACCCCGACUUCUACCAAGCCGACGAAUUAAAAUAUCAUGGACAUGCCCCACAAAGAGGAGCACUGCAGUUAAAUUUCUAUGAAAAAGCAUCAAGAGAUAAAGGUGCUGCUGGGACUUCGAUGCACCUCUUAGAUGACGACUGUAAGGGACACUGGCGCACACCAACCAACUGCUUACCUGAGAAGGGUAACUGCGAAUACUAUGUAAGCUGGGAAACAACUGGAAAAGGAGAUGAAAUGCAUUUCCACAUUGAAACAAACAGUACGACUACCUGGACUGGGAUCGGAUUUAGUGAUGAUCAAAAAAUGUCUCAAACAGAUGCUAUUAUUGGGUGGGUUGACAAUAACGGUCGUCCUUUCUUAAUGGACACAUGGAUCAACGGAUAUUCAUCACCUAAAUUGGACGACAGUCAGGAUAUUGAGAGACCGUCAGGCUCAAUCAAAAAUGGCGUUACAAUUUUAGACUUUUAUCGAAAACGCACUUCAAAAGAUCAAACUCAAGAUUUGUCAUUUACUGACGAGAAAUGUUUGUACUUAAUGUUCCCUGUUCGUGGUGGCUCUUUUAAUGCCGUUAAUAAAAAAAUAAAAAAACACGAAGGUAUUCCUGUUGUUCCUGAAACUCGUAUUUGCAUAAAAUCAUGUGGCAAGGAAUUGGAAAACAAUGAGUACAAGACAACGACUCCAUCACCGAAUCGCUUAACGUAUGAGUUUGCUGUAAAAUUGAAGAACUUGGCUCAAGGAUUUGAAGCCCCCAAAAAAGGAACACCCGAGUUCGAUAAUCUAGCUGAAACUCUGGGAAGUUCAUUCAAAGAUGUUUUGCAAAAAAUUCCAGGGUUUAAUAAUGUUGAAGUGAUGAAUUUUGAAAAAAAUUCUGAUGAAAUAGUUGCCAAAAUGAAUGUAUUUUAUGAUAGAGCUGAUUAUGAACGAGGCCGAUCAUUGAAGAAUGAUUUCGAUAACGAGAUUCCAAUGAGAAGUGAAACGAAUAAACCAAUGAGUGGAGAUAUUAUCGAAAAAGCAAUCAAAGAUACGAUUGCUAGUGGCAAAGUAGGAGCAUUAACUGUAGAUCCUAUUUUCUUGGAUUUCCGCCCAUUGGAAUAUAAGCAAAAUCAAUCCGAUGACACAAGUUUCGCUUCAUUCUUCCAAUUUUCCGACCGUCGUUUGUAUAUUGUGUUAGGUUGUAUUGCAGCUUUGGUGUUCGUUGCGGUUGUUCAGGCUACAUGUACAAUUUAUAAAACAUCACGCAGCAAAAAUAGACAAAAGGAUCAACUAAUCCCUAACUCGGCGUGGAAAGAUUACUCUUCGAACACAAAUUAUGCCUUUGACGCAUUUAAUGAAAAUGAUCAUCAUCAACAGAAACCAACAGCGAAACCUCGUGGUGGUAACAGAUCAUCAAAUGGAAAUGGUGCUAGUCAACAAACCACAUUACAGAUGACGGCCACGCCUUCUAAGGCCCCAGGAUAUUAUGAACAUGGUGGCAGAAAUGGAAGGCAUCAUCAGAACGUCGAUGGCCAAAGACAUUACAACAACGAAUAUCCACGUGGAUAUCAAAAUGGUGAUCACAUGCCACGUGGUGGUUCAUAUGCUGAUAGAACUUAUUCAUUACCACGAACGGUUGCCCAAUCUCAAAACCAUCCGGGUUAUUAUACUCAGGAUCGACGACAACAAAGAUAUUCACAGCAACAACAGCCACGAAAUGGACACAAGUCAUCUCACAUGAAUGAGGGACGGGGUAAUGGAGCUGAUACGCCUGACUUUUACUUCAUGCCCUCUCAAAGAAAAUACUCGGGAGAAGUGGUAAGGGUUUAUGUUGAUUACAACAAAGAUCCUAAGUAGAUUUACUUCGUCUAGCUAUAGUAGUGUAAAAUUAUGAAAAGUAACUCCAAAUGCCAAUUUAAUUAAAAAAAAAUAGAAAGAAAAAUACAACAUAACAGUUGUAAGAAUAUAAUGAAAUACAUAUAUGCAAUCAAAUGAAGGCCAUAAAUAGCUGUUUUUAAUAAAUAUCUAAGAGAAUCUUUUAAAAUUUCACAACAUUCUAUUCACUUUUUUUUAAAGAUGAAGAUUUGACUUAAUAUUAAUUUAUCAAUAAAUGUGUCAGUUUACGCUUAGUUUUAACAUUUGAAAAAGUUUCUGUCAUGUCCAAACAAAUCUCUCGUCAAUCAAAAUUGUAUAUUAGUGCCAAAUUUAUUGAAAGAACAAGAAAAUCUAUAAUAAAUCAAACAA